AUGCAUAUAGAUGCUCGCGUGUAUUCGUACAAAACGCAUAACAAUAAGUUAUAUAUUCGCAAAUAAUGGUUGUGUCUGGUGAUAUUUCUUCCUGGUCGGAUCCAAACCCGACCCGUAUGAACAAGUUCGCUUGUGGUUGCGCCAUUGUUGCCUCCAUCAUUUCCGUCAUCUUUGGAUAUGAUACCGGUGUUAUGAGCGGGGCCCAAAUCUUCAUAAGAGAAGAUCUCAGAAUAAAUGACACACAGAUCGAAGUUUUGGCGGGAAUCCUAAACCUCUGCGCCCUUGUCGGCUCUCUGACCGCCGGAAAAACGUCUGACGUCAUCGGCCGGCGAUACACCAUCGCUCUCUCCGCCGCUAUAUUCCUCGUCGGCUCAGCCCUCAUGGGUUACGCUCCAAACUACGCCGUUUUGAUGGCCGGAAGGUGUGUCGCCGGGGUGGGCGUAGGGUUUGCCCUCAUGAUAGCUCCCGUCUACUCCGCCGAGAUAGCCUCUCCUUCACACAGAGGGUUUCUCACUUCUCUCCCCGAGCUUUGCAUCAGUUUCGGGAUCUUACUGGGCUACGUCUCGAACUACGGAUUCGGGAAACUGACGUUGAAUCUCGGGUGGAGAUUGAUGCUCGGAAUCGCGGCAAUCCCUUCUCUUAUCCUAGCUUUUGGGAUUCUGAAAAUGCCCGAGUCGCCUCGAUGGCUUGUGAUGCAAGGUAGGUUAAAAGAGGCGAAGGAAAUACUGUUCUUGGUGUCCAAUACCGACCAAGAAGCCGAACAGCGGUUUAAAGACAUAAAACUCGCCGCAGGAAUAGACGAAAACUGCGACGAAGAGUUUGUCGAGACGAAGAACGAUAAGAUUGCGAGUGGCGAAAGCGUGUGGAGAGAGCUACUGAUAAAACCUAGACCGGCCGUACGUUGGAUCCUAAUCGCAGCAAUAGGGAUUCACUUCUUCGAGCAUGCCACAGGGAUCGAAGCCGUUGUAUUGUACAGUCCUAGAAUCUUCGAGAAAGCCGGCGUCACGACGAAAGACAAGCUUUUACUCGCCACGGUCGGUGUCGGCCUGACAAAGACAGUCUUCAUACUGAUUGCCACUUUCUUGCUGGACAAGGUAGGUCGGAGGAAGCUUCUAUUGACCAGCACAGGAGGCAUGGUUCUCGCGUUGACCGCGUUAGCGUUUAGUCUGACCAUGGUUCAGCGUUUCGGGCGACUGCUGUGGGCUCUUUCUAUGAGUAUUGGAUCCACGUACGCGUUCGUCGCGUUUUUUUCGAUCGGGCUCGGACCCAUCACGUGGGUUUACAGCUCGGAGAUAUUCCCGUUGAGGCUGAGGGCUCAGGGCGCGAGUAUCGGGGUCGCGGUUAAUCGCGUUAUGAACGCUGCCGUGUCGAUGAGCUUUUUGUCGAUAACGGAGGCGAUCACGACUGGCGGCGCGUUCUUUGCGUUUGCGGGGAUCGCGGCAGCGGGUUGGUGGUUCUUCUUCUUCCUCUUACCGGAGACAAAAGGACGGCCAUUGGAGGAGAUGGAGAAGCUUUUUAGUAGAAAAAAUGAAGCUGGUUUUGGUCAAGAGAGGCAAGAAAUUCAAAACAGGAGUGAAGUGUGAGGAAUUAAGUGGAAGUGAUAAACAUUGGAUUUUGGCGGAUUUAUUAGGUAAUGUAAUUAUAAAAAAUCUGAAAAGGAUGGAAAUAAUAACCUAUGUUAAGUUUUGCAAUUUGGGCUAACGAAAAAAGCCACCCAUCACGACGACUUAUAGAGAUUUUUAUACAAUAUAUAUAAAUGAAAAUUUCAUAUC